AAUUCUUUAAUCUCAUAGUGAAGUAGGAUCCGGUGCACAACAAUUAGCAAUAGCACCCCUUGUUGGUUCGAGAGGAUGUGCUUGUUUAUUUAUUAUAGGGUUUUGCCAGAGCCAACCAUGAACCUCAGCCCCCUCUCUGCACCAUGACGGACCGUGAGCGUGAACGUGAGCGUGACCGUGACCGAACUCGGGACAGAGAAAGAAAACGAAGACGAGACAAGGACGACCGCGACCGCGACCGCGAGCGAGACAAAGGCGACCGCGACCGUGAGCGAGACAAAGGCGACCGCGACCGUGAGCGAGACAAAGGCGACCGCGACCGUGAGCGAGACAAGGACGACCGUGACCGCGAACGAGAACGAGAAAAGGAUGACCGCGAUCGGGAACGUGAACGUGACCGUGACAGAGUGCAUAGCAAGAGAUCUCGUUCGCGUUCGCCUGACCGUGGGCGCUCCCGCCACGCGCGCUCGCCGUCUCCCAGCGAGCGCUCCCACCGGCGGCGCCACCACCGGACUCCCACCCCCGAUCAGCCGAGGAAGCGCCACCGGAGAGAGUCCGUGGAGGAGGAGCACAAGGAGACGAAGAAAGCGGUGUCGGACUUUGUGGACGGUAUCGCCAAGGAGCAGCAGCAGAAACAGAAGGACAAUGGAGGAGAAGCUGAGGGCAACGAGGACGAAGUGGAGAUGAUGAAGAUGCUAGGGAUUCCCGUCGGAUUUGACUCCACCAAGGGGAAACCGGUUCCCGGUGCUGACGUCAGCGGUGUCAGAGCUGUCACCAAGCGCCAACCGCGCCAGUACAUGAACCGCCGCGGUGGCUUCAAUCGUCCAUUGCCUGCUGAGAGGAAUCGCUAGGUUUUUUAUUUUUUCAGAUGAGUAAUAUCCUUUGGUGGUGGUUCAAUUGUGUUAUGAAAUAUUGGAGCCAGAAACGGUAGGCGGAACUCAAAAUGAAAGUUUGUAUGAUAUCCCGUGCUACUCUCAGCUCGAUACCCUUUGUAGGCAUGUUUGUCUUUACCUUAAAUUCAUAGAAUUUGUCAAAUUUUCAUGCGGUAUCUAUAUUUUUGCGGCAUGCCUUAACACGGGCGAUGCACAUGCUUUAUGUUAUUAAGUGAGUGAUUCUGGAUUUCAAUAUAAUUAAUGCAUGACCAGUGAUUUGCGAGUGUGCCAA